AUGAGUACACCAAAUUCACCAGUAUCACCAAUCUUAGGAUCAUUGGUAGCCACAACAACAGGAACUGAUAGUUCAUCAUCAGACAGUGAUGUACCAUUGCUUACCCCACCAACCACCACUACAGCAGGUAAGAAUUAUGGAACUAAAACCCCUAGUGGGAACCCAAGAAUAUACAAUUGCAAGACUUGUCUGAGGGCAUUCACACGAGAAGAACAUUUAACCAGACACACAUUAUCUACUCAUAAUAAAUUAAAACCAUUCACUUGUGGAAUAUGUUCGAGGCCCUUUAGUAGACGGGAUUUAUUAUUGAGGCAUGCGAAAAAUUUACAUCAAGGAAGUGAAUUGGCAGUUAGUAGGAUUAGGAAGAGUUAUAAACGUGACAAUAACAACAAUGUUAACGAUAAAAGAGGUCGUAGUAUUAGUGUUGGUUCAGCUGAAUUGAUGUCAAUAAGCAAUUCUUCUUCUAGUUCAAAUGGUAGUACCACAAGUACCGAAGGAUAUGAUGAUUAUGCAAAGAAUUAUAAUAUAACUACACCACCCACCCCACCAACUACAAGAGUCACAACCAAUACUGCUCCAUUAACAGUGGCGGUACCUGUAUCAGUACCAGUUACAUCACCACCUACAAGUUCAUCUACAUCUACAAGUGCGGCUGGAAGUCCAACUACUUUCCAAAAACGAUUUAAAAUAUCAGUCAAUAUGUUAGUAAGUUAG